AUGCCUACUCAAUAUCUGAAAUGUCGACUAAUUAUUUGUUGCUUUUCUGGAACAUGUAAAUGCAAUGGACCAUGGUAUUCAAACGUGAAUGCAACAUGCUUUGAUGAGUAUACUACUAAUGCAACAAAAAGUACAAGCAAAUCAACUUUAUUACUAAGAAUGCAAAUACAAGUACUAGAAAAGCGUUGUCAGCCGUUGUGCAACAAAAUAACACUACCUGUUUAUGGUUUUGAUAGAUCAAAACUGCUAAGCUCUUCCCGAAUGCCAAAGUCAAUUAAAAUUGAUCAGUUUCGCUACAUGACGAAUGAGUCAUGGCGUGUUCUAAUGGCUGUUGAAAUGGGUAUGAAGAAUCAUGAAUUCGUACCCCUCGAUUUGGUGCACAAAAUCUCCCGUUGUGCUCGUCGCGGCUCCGCUUUCUUGAAGCUUCUUCGUGAUGAUCUUGUUCCUCAUGGUCUUCUUGCCUAUGAAGGUGAUUCUCGAAAAGGUGCGUUUUUUCAACUAUGA